AUAGCCCAGCGUACAUAUAUAGUUUUAUAGUCCAGAGCUCAAUAUAUAAGAGACACUGUUUACAGCUUUAUUCUAUUUAGGGAUUGUGUAUAUGGUAACGCCUGCAUUGCUUAAGGUCCAGGCAUUCAAUUCGUUUCGCCCUUUUCACCUUUUACGCUUGUCAACAAUGGCUGCUCCGACCGAUUUCUACUCGUUGAAUGCCCUGACGAACAAGGGCGAGACUCUCGAUUUUUCCACCCUCAAGGGACAAGUCGUGCUGAUUGUCAACGUUGCGUCACAAUGUGGAUUCACAGGGCAGUACUCGGGACUGCAGCAGCUCUACGACUCGUACAAAGAUCGCGGUUUCACCAUUCUUGGCUUUCCAUGCAACCAAUUUGGCGGUCAGGAGCCGGGUUCAUCAGAGGAGAUCAUGACGUUCUGCUCCCGGAACUACGGCGUAAGCUUUCCAAUCAUGGCCAAGGUCAACGUCAAUGGCGACGACGCCUCGCCCGUCUACAAGUUUCUUAAGUCGCAAAAGAAGCAGCUUAUGAUGGAGAUGAUUAAGUGGAACUUCGAAAAGUUCCUCAUCAACAGGCAGGGCGAGGUGGUGGGUCGCUUCUCCAGCAUGGCCACUCCCGCCAGCAUUGAGUCGGAGAUUCAGAAGCUGCUGUGAGCGGCGGUUUCUGCGUACGGUGAACAGAGCAAAUGGAAGCCGUACAAUUGCCUGUCGCGUACGGCUUGCCUGGGACGAAGAGCAGGAUGUGGACAUAUCAUCACCUGAUCCAGGUGGCCGUCAUGGCGCUGCAAGCAGUGUAUCACGAGCCAUUGUUGCUGUUGUUUCAACUACUGUUGCUGCUGCUGCCCUACUUCCGGAUGUUUUUGCUGCUGGAGCAUUGGAUAAUGUUGGUGCCGCUGUACGGAAAGAUCUGUGGUGCUCUAAGAGCAGGAUUUUCGCACUGGAAGAGCAGCGCAGUGGUUCGUUGGCAUUGCGCGACGUGCCAGUCUGUUGACUGAGUCCGUGAUAUUGACCAUGCCGUUGCAUUGUUGUUUUAAGUAUCGAGAAGUUCAAGCUUAUUGCAAAAUAGGUUGCUUGAUUACAGGUUUUGCCACAGAGAACAGCCCGACGCUUUUGGAAAAGUGCCAGCGCAGACUCGUUCUCUGGUGUGCACGCAAGGCGAGAUUUAAAAUUGCCAAACUGCUUGUUCAAGCCUGCCUUGCUCGGAUGUUUUCUUCAUUUGCUU